AUGGCGCGCGGGAAGGAGCUGACGGCGCCGGCGACGCUGGUGAUUCAGAAGGAGCUGUUCCGCACCGACGUGAGCAAAAACCACAACCGCCUCUCGAUCCCGGCGAGCCAGAUCAGCGACGGCUUCCUGACGGAGGAGGAGCGGCGCCGCCUCAGGGCGAGGAGGAAGGGCCGCGCGGACGUGAGGGUCGUGGAUCUGCGUCGCCAUUCUGGAUUCGUUGAUGAAGGAAAAUCGUUGUUUGAUUCGAUGAGGAGAGAGCAUGGGAUUCGCCCUAGCGUGGAGCAUUACGCUUGCAUUGUGGAUCUUCUUGGCAGAGCUAAUAGACUAAAGGAAGCGGCUCAGAUCAUAGCCGAUAGGCGAGAUGAGCCAGGGGCGAUGGUGUGGGGUGCUCUCCUCGGAUCGCGCAUGAUUCAUUGCAACGUGGAGCUUGCAGAGAGGGCGAGCAGGAUGCUAUUUGAGCUCGAGCCCACGAAUGCAGGGAACUAUGUGCUUCUUGCUGGGAUAUAUGCAGAGGCGAAAAUGUGGGACGAGGUGAAGAGAGUGAAGAAGGUGUUGGAAGAGAAGGGGCUGCAGAAGGUACCGGGAUGCUGCUGGAUUGAAGCGAAGAAAAUGGUGUACUCAAUUAGGUCUGUGGACGAGGUGAAUCCUCAAAUUGAGCUGGUCCAUGCUUUGGUGGUGAAGCUGUCGGAGGAGAUGAUGGAGCAGGGGUACGUGCCGGAGACGAAAUCGGUGUUGUACGAGCUUGAUACGGAGGAGAAGCAGCGGAUGUUGUUGGGGCACAGUGAGAAAUAG